CUAGAAAGCCCAACGUUUCUACAUCGACCAAACCAAUGUUCCCUGCACACAGAUCGGGUGACGGCGGGGUAGACGUACAGAGGGCCACCGUCCAUUUCUAGAAUCGACAAAUUCCUACAACUUUUAUGCACUUCGUAUCCUUAUCGGAAACGGAAACCCCCAAUUUGAUAUCUGUCUAUAGAUAUGCUCCAAAUUGUUUAUCCUCACCACUAAACCAAGUCUUGUUUCUUUGAUCCAAUCUAUUUGGAGUUUGGCUGAAAAAUUGAAUUUCCAUCUACAUUUACAGGCAAAUUGUUAUUUGAAGCUUUCUGUAACAGAUUCAUGGAGUACAGUGCAUCAAUUAAGGGUUUACAGGCGUCCCCUCGUCUUAUGAGCAAGUGUGCUUCUUCUGGAAUUUCACGGGUCAGAAUUGGAGUGAGGCCAAAGCAUUCGACAAGUAUUAGGGCUUUUCAAUCUCAAAAUGCUUCCUUUCCUUCGUCUUCUUCAUUGUAUGAUGUUCUCUGUGUCUCUCCCGACGUCAGUGCGAUUGAUAUAAAACGCGCAUACCGUAGAAUGGCUCUCAAAUACCAUCCUGAUGUCUGCCCUGCUGCAGAGAAGGAAGAGUGUAGCAAAUGGUUCCUUCAAGUUCAGGAGGCUUACGAGACUCUGUCGGAUCCUCUGCUCCGCCAGGAUUAUGAUUGGAGACUGCAGAACAGGUUCACAGUAGGCAAUUACGAAGGGAGAUUGGAGAGUAGUCAUGUGUGGGAAGCUCAGCUGAUGGAAUUGAUUAGGAGGAGAUCGGGAAAUAACUCGUCGUCAUGGGGUAGCAGAAUGAGAAGACGAAAUCAAGAGGGGGCUUAUGCUUGCUUUUGAUUAAAUCGUGAUUACUGUGGGUUAUUUGAGAGUUUGUUGUAAAUUGGAUUGUAAAAUAGGGCGUUUGAGCGCCUUCUAGCUGUGUAAAUAUUGCCAAUUUUCUCUUAAUUCCAUUCGUUAUGUCAUAUUUAACUA